AUGGAUAUACAAGCCAAGUCUGAUGAGGUAAUAACCCCUGAAUAUCUGGAUUGGUAUUCCAAAUUAACUGAUUUGCCAACCACUAUAUCUGAUAAACUUCAGAAUAUUGAUAAUCAUUUUUUACGAGACUGUAUCAUCAAGAUUUCUAAAUUUCCGGAAGAAAAAGAUGUGAUUAUUGAAACAGUACAGAAACAAUUCCCUUUCUUGAAAUAUACUAAAUCGAAUGCAUGGUACCAGGAUGAAUAUGGGGUGACUGGAGCUGUCUCAAGUUUGCCAGAAACUCAAGUAAGGGUACCAAACAAAAUCAGUAACUCACCAAUUCAUCCAACCAAAAUCUGUCUUUAUCAAUAUGCUAUUGAAAAUGACCUUGAUCCCGAAAAAUUUUCAGUUAUUACUAAGGCUGAGAAAGAUAGGUGGACUAUGAAAUGCUUCCGCAAGGACUUAGAAAGAGAUAUACAUUUUUAUCGUGGUGGAAUAAAAAGAAAAGAAGACCCUAGAAAAUAUUGUGAAUGUUUAACAAAUCGGGAGAGGCUGGUUGGUGAAGAGUUAUUACAUUGCAGUAUACUAAAAAAUGAUUUAAGUACUGCAUAG